CUUCCGGUUUGCCUCCGGAGCCAUGGCGACGGCAAGUAGACUGACUUUAAGCAGAUGGCGCCGGUGCCUUGGAGUAGUUCCCCAGUCCCGGGCCCUCGCCGCCCUCGUCCCCGGCGUGACCCAAGUAGAUAACAAGUCCGACUUCCUGGGGAAGAAGCCCCAUCGUCGGCACCCUGGCGUCCUGCGGCUCCCGCACUUGCUGCUGCCACCGGCACUAGCUAACGCCGCGCAGAUACUACUGCUUGACAGCUCAGUGUCUGGUGUAGAGGAGAAGGUGCAAACGCUGACCAAUUAUCUUUGGAGCCGACAUUUGCCUAUAGAACCAGAGGAGUUGCAAAGACGGGCUAUGCAUCUUGAGAAAAAGUUCCUAGAAACCCCAGACUCACCUCAGACAGAGGAGAAACUCCGGGGAGCAGUGCUACAUGCCCUGCGCAGAACUACCUACCAUUGGCAGGAACUGAGGUACAAUGAGGAACUCAGCCUGGUGUACAUGGCAGCAAGACUGGACGGUGGCUUUGCAGCAGUGUCCAGGGCAUUCCAUGAGAUCCAGACUCGAAUUCCACAGUUCCAGCCACAAACCAUGAUGGACUUUGGUUCUGGUACUGGUUCUGUCACCUGGGCUGCUCACGCUACCUGGGGCCAGAGCCUCCGUGAAUAUGUGUGUGUGGACAGCUCAGCUGCCAUGUUGAAUUUGGCAGAAAAACUACUGAAAGGUGGUUCAGAAUCAGGGAAGUCUUAUGUUCCAGGUGUCUUCUUCAGACAGUUUCUACCUGUGUCACCCAAGGUCCAGUUCGAUGUGGUAGUGGCAGCCUUUGCCCUGAGUGAACUGCCCAGCAUGACAGACCGCACUGCGGUGCUUCACACUCUGUGGCGUAAGACAGGACAUUUUCUGGUACUGGUAGAGAAUGGAACAAAAGCUGGACACCGUCUUCUCAUGGAUGCCAGGGACCUGGUCCUCAAAGGGAAAGAGAAGUCACCUUUGGAUCCUCGCCCUGCAUUUGUCUUUGCGCCGUGUCCCCAUGAACUCCCUUGUCCUCAGUUGAUGGCCUUUCAGCCCCUGGCCUGUAGCUUCUCCCAGGGUUACCAUCCCAUCCCCUUCAACUGGAAUAAGAAACCAAAAGAGGAAAAGUUCUCUAUGGUGAUUCUUGCCCGAGGAUUUCCAGAGGAUGCUAAUCGCUGGCCCCGAAUCACUCAGCCAGUCCUCAGGCGGCCCCGCCAUGUGCACUGUCACCUGUGCUGUCCAGAUGGGCACAUGCAGCACGCUGUCAUCACAGCGCACCGGCACGGCAGGGAUUUGUACCGUUGUGCGCGUGCCAGCUCCUGGGGAGACCUUUUACCUGUGACCACACCAUCUGAGCACCCUCCAUCCUCUGCGCAGGAUCCACCUCAGAGUUGACAAGGUUCUCUCAGACCUGCUGAG